GCCGCCGGGCGCAGGAGGAAGGAAGUACCCGCCGGCGCGCUUCCGGGGCCGCGCUGGCUUCGACUGCGCCCAGGCGCACCAUGGGGCCGCUGCCGCGGAUUCUCGAGCUCUUCUACGAUGUGCUGUCCCCCUAUUCCUGGCUGGCCUUCGAGGUCCUGUGCCGGUAUAAGAACAUCUGGAACGUCAGCCUGCAGCUGCGCCCGACCUUAAUUGCAGGGAUCAUGAAAGACAGCGGAAACCAGCCGCCAGCUUUGCUUCCCCGCAAAGGCUUAUACCUGAAAAAUGACGUUAGGCUCCUGGGACAGCAUCUCCAGGUUCCCAUCCACUUACCCAAGGAUUUCUUCUAUGUGAUCUUUGAAAAAGGAAGUUUGACAGCCAUGCGCUUCCUCACCGUCGUGAAACUGGAGCACCCGGAGUUGCUGGAGAAAGUGUCCAGGGAACUGUGGAUGCGCAUCUGGUCUCGGGACGAAGACAUCACAGAGCCCCAGAGCAUCCUGGCCGCUGCAGAGAAGGCUGGCAUGUCCACGGGACGAGCCCGGGAACUUCUGGAAAGGGUCUCAACACCACAGGUGAAGAACCAGCUCAAGGAGACCACUGAGGCAGCCUGCAAAUAUGGGGCCUUUGGGCUGCCUGUCACUGUGGCCCACCUGGAUGAUGAAACCUACAUGCUGUUUGGCUCUGAUCGGAUGGAGUUGCUGGCACAUCUUCUGGGAGAGAAGUGGAUGGGCCCUGUGCCUCCAGCUGUAACUGCCAGACUUUAAGGAAGCCCAGAAGCAGCAGGAUUAUUGGUAUAAAAAAGCAGACUAUCUCCCUACCCCUUCUCUACCGUGGGGCCCUGGGACUCUGGUUUCCUGUCUGAUAGAGGUUCCUCCCUGGCCCUGGGGGAUGCCAGCGAGGGGCUCUGCAGUUCACCAUCUACCAUCAGUCUCACGGCUGCUGUUACUUCUGUGCCUCACGAGUGCCUUUCGAGAGCCCCAGACUCUGCUUCCCACAAAAUAAACCUAACGCUAUUAGGCGUCAUAUUUCUGA